UGGGGGAAAAAUUUUGCAAUGUUCGUUGUCACUGAAAAUCAAUAAUGUCUUUCCUCGAGUGACGUUGCCCACGGCCGUGGCCGGACGUGGUGGGGUUAGAUCGGCCUUCAUGGGCCCGACCUCUUAUCUUAUCGCAAUUUUUCCAGCAAGAAAUUUCGCGACUUUCAACACAGACAUCUGCCUCCACCACCAAUCUUUCUGCGUUAACCAGAUCAACAACCUCUCGUUCGACGGCAAGGGUAUCCCCUCGCCACUCAAAAAUCCACGAUGCGCGGAAAACGUAGCAAACAGUAUCGCAAGCUGAUGAACCAAUACCAAUUGACAUGGGGAUUCCGCGAACCGUACCAAUGCCUAGUCGACGCUGAAAUGGUGGUCGACUGUCACAACUUCAGAUACGACCUGCUCGCCGGACUGGAGCGCACACUGCACGGCAAGGUCAAGCCAAUGAUUACACAAUGCGAGAUCCGCAAGCUGUACCUACGCAAGAACGAGCCCGACAUGAACAAGAUCAUCGACUUUGCAAAGACGCUCGAGCGAAGACGCUGCGGUCACUUGCCGGAGGACUACCCGGAACCCCUGAGCACGAUGGAGUGCAUGAAGGCCGUCGUCGACCCCAAGAGCAACCUCGUCAACAAGCACCGCUACUGCGUCGCGAGCCAGUCGGGCGACGUGCGCCGCAUGCUCCGCGAGAUCCCCGGCGUCCCGCAAAUCUACAUUAAGCGAUCGGUCAUGAUCCUCGAGCCCAUGGCGACGGAGAGCGUGGCGAUCAGGACCAAGGAGGAGAAGAGCAAGUUCCGCGACGGCCUCGUCAGGCCCGAGAGGAAGAGGAAGCGCGAGGACGAGGACGACGAGGAGGAGAGUGGGAAGGAGGGCGGAGCUGCUGGGAAAGCCGGAGGCCAGGAACAGCAGAAGAAGGAUAAGAAGAGGGGACGCAAGGGACCGAACCCGUUGGCGGUCAAGAAGGCGAAGAAGACCACGAACGGCGACGCGGCACCAAAGGUAGCGAAGGAAGCGCGGGGUGCGGCGGCUGAUGGAGACGAGGGAGAGGGAGAAGGCCCGGCGAAGAAGAAGCGUAGAAGACGAGGCAAGGGCCAGGCUGCUGGCGAUGCGGACUCGACGAGCGGGCCGGCAAACCAGGCACAGGGCGAGGUGUCGACUGAGCAAGCGGCGGAAAGCUCGUAGGGAUUCGAUAUUGCAUACCAAAAGGGCGUUUGGGUGGGGACUAAAAUGAUUGGAAUGUAAGGUACAACAAAAGCUCUGAGAUACCAAAUUCAUGGGAAAUUCUUGCUAUAGCGAGAUACGGGGAGGCUCGUCGAGGAAAUGUGUUUCUGAACCGUCUCAUGAACUUAUGGUCUUGGAAUUGCCGGCACCUCAAGAUUGGCCCCUUGAUCUACUGUGGGAUGAUGAGGAUCACGCUUGAAGUUCUUGGUUUCUGCGGAAUAGGGGUUCCGUCAUGUUCCCUCCCGGGGAAUAGCCCACCUGAGGUGAUGCGACAACAAGCCGACAACUUACGCAGAAGGUAUUCAUGACAGCUUAAUGGCGAUUCAAUUAGCAACCGGGGCACCCCAUGAUUCACAGGCCUCCCAAUGUCGUCAGUUUU